AUGUCAAACAUAAAUGUGAUCAAGACUCCAAACUCAGGCAGCAGGAUACUCAGAGACCUGAUCUGUGGAAUUAUCCACAGCCUUUAUCCUCUUCCCAGUACAACUGGACUUGGAUUCACACAGGCACACCAAAUGACCAUAAGGACACCUGCCCCAAUGCUAAGCAUUGACUCCCAGCCUCUACCCAACUCACCUCACCUGAGCCCAAUCCAGGCCUGCACUGUCCCCCAACCUCCACCAUCGAUGCAUGUUCCAGACCAACCCCUCAGAAUUGUCUUCAUGAUGGGACAAGGGAUGCGGGGAGGGCUCCAGGUUCAGAACACCUUUCAUUUCAUCCUCCUAAGAAGAACCUGGGUGAUACUGACCCGUGUCCCAGUCCGUGUUCUCCAGGAGGACCUUCUGGUCUCCUCCUCUGAGGGGAGUGACCCGCCCCGCCCCAAGGCACAGAAGACUCAGCCUCCAGGCCAACACGGCUCAGAGGCGACUACUGGAGUAAAAGAAAGAAGAAAGGAGCAGAAUUUUUCUCAUGAAUUAGCACAUCCCCAGCUGUGGUUUAUGUACAAAUUUCAGAACACCAAAUAA